AUGGAUUACAGGUAUCCCACCCGAUGCAAACCUGACAUUAAAACCACUGCUGUUCCCUACAAAUCGUGGCUUCAUAAUUUUGGAUCUAGCAGUGCAACAGUGAAGACUCUUAAGGCACUGGAUGUUGAGGCUCUUAAGAGUGACUUUGUCUGGUACACUAUUGUUUGCCAGAGGAUUGGAUCAAUUGACGUGAUAGAGAAUGAACGGAAUGUACAAGUAAAAGAUGUAAACGACAAUGCUCCAGAAUUUCUACAGAGUAAUUAUAGCACUUCAGUAUCAGAGGUAGCUGAAAUAGGUUCCACAGUUCUAAAAGUAGAAGCCAGGGAUAACGAUUUUUCACCUGAAUUCAGCAUCCUUACUUACAGGCUUUGGGGUCCAAACUCUGAAUACUUUUAUAUAAAGGAAGGAGAUGGGAAUGUCCUGGUGAAUAAAACAUUGGAUUACAACAAGGUCAACCUUUUCAAUUUAACAGUCCAAGCCAAGGAACAAUUUGGAAACCAGAGUGACACAGCAUCAUUGAUAAUUCAUGUACAAGACUAUGAUACAUUGAAUCCCUAUUUCACUCAGUCAGUGUACAAUGGAAGUAUCAGUGAAAACAAGACGGGCCCUCUGACUAUUCUCCCAGAGAACAUAUUAGCUCGAGAUGGAGACAAAGGUAUAAAUGAAAAAGUAGUUUACAGCAUCAAACUGGUGAACCCCUCAGCCUACAGCAACAGCUUUUCAAUCAAUGCAGACACUGGAGAGCUGGAAGUAAAGACUGCAGUUGACAGAGAAAUAUGUCCAUAUCUAGUGGUGAGCAUUCAGGCAGCUCAGCAAGACAAGAUUUUCAAAACAGCUGAUGCAAUAGUUGUGGUUACGAUUGAAGAUGUGAAUGACAAUGAUCCAGUACUGUCACAACCCAGUUACAAUGUCUCACUUGUAGAAAAUUUCCCAAAUGGGAUGGAAGUUCUUCGAGUAACAGCUACUGACAAAGAUGAGGGAGGCUUCCAGGGAAUGCUCAUUCUCACUCCAGAUGACAGUCCUUUCCAGCUGAGUGAGGCUGGAAUCCUAACUGUGAGGAACUCUACACAGUUGGAUAGGGAGAGAAUACCAUCUAUUCACCUACAGGUCACUGCUAGAGAUCAUUUACCACCUUACAACAAGGUGCACUCUGCAAUCAACAUAUUGUUGCUAGAUGAAAAUGACAACAGCCCAACCUUUAGAAAUACACCAUAUGAACAGGUUAUUUUUCUCAACAUGACUUCAGGAACGGCCAUUCUUCAGGUUGCUGCUGCUGAUCCAGAUGAUGGUAUAAAUGGAGAGAUAAGCUUUAUCUUAGCUGGUGGCAAUGAAGAGGGAUAUUUUGAACUGAAUGCAUCCACAGGACAAAUCAUUUUAAAAUCAGAAAUCUAUGACCCUAAGGAGUUUGUCUUGUGGAUAACAGCUAUCGAUGGUGGGACCAUUCCAAGAAGUUCAUCAGUGCCUGUACAAAUCUCUGCAGUUGGAGAUUCCAGACCACGGUUUCUUCAGAAAACAUAUAAUGUGUCUGUGGAAGAAGAGCUGGUGGCUCCUGUUGAAGUAGCACAGGUAGUGUAUCAGCAUUUACAUCCCGAUAUCCCAAUUAAGUUUCAAGUGCUGACACAAUCGGCUGCAUUUGUCAUCGAUGACAAAGGAGUCAUCUCAACAAAAACCAAACUGGACUAUGAAUCACAGAAAAAUUACACACUAAAUAUUUCCCUGUCGGAUGGAAGUACUACUGACUAUGCUACAGUGUUUAUCCAAGUGACUGAUGUUAACGAUAACAGCCCUGUGUUUGAUACAAUCGACACCACCAUUUUCAUCCUGGAGAACAAGCCACCCGGAACAAGUGUCACCAGUGUGUCAGCUAAGGAUGUGGAUGAAGGCUUUAAUGGAUUAGUGGUUUAUACUCUGAAGGGUGGAGAAGGAAAAAUGGAUAUUGACACCUCAGGAUUGAUUUUGCUGGAAAAGGAACUGGACAGAGAAAAACAAGGCCUUUAUAACUUAACAGUGAUUGCCAGUGACCAAGGCCAACCCGUGCAGUCAACAGCUCUCAAUUUGACAGUCAUCAUUGAUGAUGUGAAUGACAACUAUCCUGUCUUCUCAUCAAGUAUCUCUCCUGAAGUGCCAGUCCCUGAAGAUGCAGUGCUGGGAAGUGCACUGCAGAACCUAUCUGCUACUGAUUUGGAUGCUGGGGCCAACGCCGUCGUGACAUACAGAAUCGUUAGCCAGGAACCUCCAACCUCCCCACUGAUGUUCUCUGUCAAUGCGAGCACAGGCGAGCUCAGCCUGAUCCAGAGGCUGGAUUAUGAAACCAUAAAGCAAUUUCAAGUAGAAGUGGAGGCAUCAGAUGGAGGUCAGCCAAGUCUCAGCAGUAAAAUAGUUGUGAUUGUGCAGGUACUAGAUGUCAACGAUAACCCACCAGAAUUCAAUCAGGCAACUUACCACAUAUCUGUGUUCGAGAACCUUCAGAAGGGUAGUCCUGUCUACACAUUCAGUGUUGCUGACAAGGAUGAGGCUGGCUUUUCUCAGGGGCACUUUGUUCACGACAGUACUAUAUUUACUGUGGAUAUGCCUGGAAUACUUAUGUUAAGGAAUGACACAGAGCUGGACAGGGAGACUACAACUGGAUUCACUUUUCAAGUGUGGGCAGUUGAUAAUGAAACGAAUGGGCUUAAUUCAAGUGCCUUGUUCCAUGUCACUGUUCUGGACGUCAAUGAUAACAACCCUGAGUUUCAGAUGCAGCCAUACAAUUUUGUGGUUCUGGAAGGAGAUUACCUGUUGGAUGCUCCCACUAGAGUUGGCCAUGUGAAUGCUACUGAUUUGGAUGAGGGAGAGAAUGCACGAGUUACUUAUUACUUAUCAGCUGAGGAUGGGGAUAAUCCAUAUAGCAUUCAACAGGAUGGGACCAUUUUGGCUACUGACUCUGUAGACAGAGAAGCUAAAGAGAAGUAUGAGCUGCUGUUGGUGGCAUCUGACAAUGGAGUACCUCAAAGGCAGAAUUUCACACAUGUCAGCAUUCAAGUACUGGAUGUGAAUGAUAACCCUCCUCGGUUUACCAAAGCUCAAUACUCAGCAAGUGUCCAUGUGGCAACAGCAAAAGAAGGAGAGUCUGUGCUGUCAGUGUCUGCUACUGACCUUGACAUUGGGACUAAUUCUGUCAUUUCAUACAGCCUCAUGAACCAUUCUGAUGACUUCCAUAUAAACAGCCACACUGGCGAAAUCACCCUUGGCAGUAACUUGGACCACAUCACAGCUGACACAGUUGUUACACUGAUAGUUGUUGCUACUGAUCACGGAGAUCCCCAGCUUACAGCAAAUGCCUCUGUUACUCUCUACUUGCUGGUCAAUGACACCAGUUUUGGACUGACUUUUGAGAGCUCCAGCUAUGAAUUCAGCAUUCUGGAAGAGGAGCCUUCAGGGACUGUAGUUGGUUCUGUGAAGGCUCUGACUGGAAGCAUAGCUGUGCAAGUAAUGUACUCCCUGAAAUCUCAUCGUGGCAAGUUCUCCAUUAGUAACCAAGGAGACAUUGUGGCUCUGACCAGGCUAGAUCGAGAAGAAGGUGACUUGUACAGCAUCAUGGUGGAAGCUGUUGAUUCUGUGGUGCCACCCAACACUGCUGUUACUUUGGUAACUGUGAAAGUUGAUGAUAUCAAUGACAAUCCUCCAGUUUACUCAUCAUGGAUUCAAACUAAAUUAUCAGCUCCUGAGAAUGCAGCUGGUCUAGAUUUGGGUGUAUUUUCUGCUACUGAUCGGGAUGUAGGAGUUAAUGCACUUAUAAGCUACUCUCUGCAAGAUGACUUUGCUGGAAUGUUCCAUAUUGACAGUUCUACUGGCAAGCUGAUGACCAAAAAAUCCUUGGACAGAGAAAUGACGGACAGUUAUGAAUUGAAAAUAUUAGCCAUGGAUGCUGGCAAACCACCACACUCCGCAAGCUUAGUUCUAAGCAUUACUGUAGAAGAUGUGAAUGACAACCCACCAGUGUUCCCCCAGAAAUCCUACUCUGUGACUGUGAAAGAGAAUGAGCCUCCACACGUGAUUUUGACUGCGACAGCCACAGAUAAAGAUAUAGGGUACAAUGCCAUUGUUCAUUACAGUAUAACUGGAGACACAACUCCAUUUCAUGUUGGAGAACUUUCUGGAAAUAUUUCAAGUCUUCAGCCUCUGGACUAUGAAAGUCAUUCCAUGUAUACAUUUAUUCUGAAAGCUUUCAAUCCUGGAGAGCCAUAUCUCCAGGACACAGCAAACAUUACAGUUACUGUGGAAGACGUCAAUGAGGAAGGACCUGUGUUUGACAAGCCCUCAUAUUACCAGAUCCUUCUAGACAAUUCUACAGUUGGCACACUGAUAGUAGAUAUCAAUGCAAGAGAUGAAAGCAAGGGUUAUGAUGAAGACAUUUUCUACAGUAUUUCAGGUGGAAACUCAGAAGGCCUCUUUAGUCUUUCCAGUACCACAGGAAAACUCACAUUAACAAGAGAUUUACCCAAACAGAAUAGUCCUGUGUAUUACUCCUUGAAUGUCACUGCUACAGAUUCAGGUCUGCCUCCUCUUUCAACAUCUGUAAAGGUGUCAGUGACGAUAGCUCCCGCGGACACGUCGUUCCCAGUGUUCUCUGAAGAAGUCUAUCAGCCUCCCCCUCUGAGCGAGAAGGCUCCGCCAGACACGUUUGUUGUACAGAUCAGUGUGUCACAUAAGGUCCCUGUGAGCUACAGUAUUGUCUCUGGAGAUGAACAGGGUUAUUUCAUUAUCAGUUCAUCCACUGGUAUCAUAAGAACAAGAAAAAAUUUAAACCCAGAAGAUUUUCCAAUGACUUUCAAAGUGCAAGCGACAGACUCGUCUAUUAGUAGCAUAUCCAAUGAGGUUGAAGUGAAUGUGGAAGUUAUUGAUGAAAAUGAUUUCCCUCCAGUUUUCACAUCCUCUCUACUAGAAGUGACAUUGAAAGAGAAUUUAACUGCUACUCAGAUCAUCCAGCUGAAAGCUCAGGAUAAUGAUACAGGUAGAAAUGGUUUCCUAACAUAUGGCAUUCUUAAUGGACAUGGACUAAAAUUCAGGAUAAAUGAAACAACUGGAAUUCUUUAUUCCAAUGCCACCUUUGAUUAUGAAGAGGAACCUACAGAGUAUCAGGUUGUGAUAUAUGCUGAGGAUGAUGGAAUCCCUGAGAAGAAGAGAGGUUACUGCACAGUGGUCAUAAAGAUCAUUGAUGUUAAUGACUGGCCACCUGUCUUUGAUUCAGUGACUGAAUUCAGUGUUAAUGAAAAUGUGCCUGUGGGAUUCAUAGUUGGAAAAAUCACAGCAACAGACAGAGACACAGAAGACAAUGCCUUUGUGUUAUAUAACCUUGCAGGUGGAGGAGAAAACGUAUUUGAAAUAGAUGAAAUACAUGGCACCAUUAAGAUAAAGAGCUCUCCAGACUAUGAAACCAUGAAUAAAUACAACCUUGAAGUGACUGCAGUCAACAGUAAAUCUGCCCCUUUCUAUCAGGCAACUGCUUAUGUCACUGUUCAAGUGAUUGAUGUGAAUGAUAAUGCUCCAGUGUUUGCUCAGAAUUCCUAUUCCACUUCCAUAAACAUGGUUAAUCCUGUAGGUACUCAUGUCAUAACUGUGAGUGCUACUGACAAAGAUCAGGGGCAAAAUGGCCUUAUCGAGUACUCUAUCCUCCCGGAUCCACACGUGAGCCCGUUCUUACUGAUAGAAGAUACAAGUGAGGGGAAAAUAAUUACAACUGGAAACUUGACUAGAUCUGGGGAUAUCCAUUUAACAGUGAUGGCUAAGGACAAAGGUUUUCCUUCCUUAAAUGGCACUGCUGUGAUUACUCUUAAUGUGCUUGACAACCGUCCAUUUGUCCCUCGGUUUAACAAGAGUGAAAUCAGCAUUUUUGUUUUGGAAAACACAGGAGUGGAUUAUAUCAUUUAUAAUUCUACUGUGGUUGAGGCUGCAGGAAAACUGAUUGAUUAUACAAUUGUAUCUGGCAAUGAGAAAGGUCAUUUUAGAUUGGAUCCCAAAAGUGGUCAGCUGAGAACAGCGAUUAAUUUGAACUACGAGGAAGUUUCUCAGUAUGUGAUUUUAAUUAAAGCAAGUCAAAGACUCUCAUCGGCUGCAGAAGUCCAGCGUUCAGACGUGUUUGCUGAGAACGUGGCCAUGCUGACCAUCUUGGUGCAGGACGUAAACGAAGAGCCAGUAUUUGGGAAUAAUGCCUACUCUGCUCGGAUACCAAACUCUGUGCCAUACAAGUACCCAGUCAUUACAGUCCAGGCCACAGAUCCAGACUCAGGAGACAAUGGACUUCUGCUGUACAGCUUAGUGAAUCAUCAGACAAACGAAUUUGACAUCGAUGAAAAAACAGGGCAGAUUUUUACAGUUUCUGUAGCAGGAAAAGCUGGAACAUUUUAUCUGGAAGUCCAAGCUGCAGACCAAGGCACAAGAAGACUCACAACCCGGACAGCAGUCAAUGUAACUGUUGAUUCCAGCUCCAGUAGCAAUACUGUGGUGGUUGUACUUACUCAGAAGAUCAAUGUUGUUGAAAGAAACAUGGCUGAAGUAAAAAGGGUCCUGGAAGAUAAACUUGGCUGGAAUGUAUACAUUGUUGAUAUUUCUUCCAAUGAGUUUGACAGAAGAGCAAGAAGCAGCACUGACGUAACCCAUGUAAAAAUCAUUGCCUUUGAUGAAGCACAUCAGGAAGUACCCGCAGAGCAUGUAAAAAGAAAACUUAGGGAGCAGAAGAGUAACAUUGAAGUAGAACUGGAGAAGGUAUUUUCAGCCUCUGUUACUGCUGCCAUAGGAGAGGCUCCUGCUGCCUCAGCCUCUCCGGAGCUCGUUGCAGCCAUCGUGCUCGGUGUCGUGCUCGCCUGCACCUUCAUAGCCUUCCUGGUGUAUCUACUUCUGGCUGUGAGAAGGAAAAGAAAGCAUGGACAACAGGUUAAGAAGAGGGCUGAAGUUAUAGAGGGUAUUGAUAACCCGUGGGCAACUGACAAAAAUGGAAGUUUGAAAAGCUUAGAGAAACUAGAGCACAACGAAAAUGGGAAAACUGAGAUGAUAUCAUUUGACAGCAUGAAAGGCACCAGAGCAGGUGAUGCUGACAAAGACAAAAUUCAGGCCCCUGCAAAAGGCAAUUACCUUGAGACAAUACUGCUGGAUGACAACAGGGAACCUGCUGAAAAUGCAUCAUCUGAAAAAGCUACUGAACCUAGAUAUGUAGAUAUCCAGCCCAUUGUGGAAUUCACAGCAAAACAGGAAUCCUUUCUGGCAGACACAACACAAAAGUCAGCUCUUUCCUUAACACCUCAUCCCAUACCACCUGCCCCUGAAAAAGAACUGAAAGGAGUAAAAUUUUCAGAAGUGGCAGUGAUUUUGGACCCAGAGGUUGGAGACGAUCAGUCCGGAGACGACGAGUCCAGAGAUGAUGAGUCUGACAUGGAUGUAGCUUUUUGA